AUGGCGACUAUAAAGGAGGCUUCACUCAACGAGAAGCUGCGUGAAGCAAAUACGCUGCGGAACGUGAUAGGAACACAAGUUGAUGUUGAGGCCCUACUCAAUGUAUUCGGUGAACAACCGUUACGAGGACCCUUGCGUGGCAAAGCGGAUUUGGAAAACAUUCGAAAUGAUAUCAUAGCUGUGGAAAAAGCAAAAGCUAAGAUAUUCACCACUGGCGAAUCACAUGAAAAUUUUGACGGAAAGGCAACGGAGUUUGACUCCUUCUGGGAACUAUUUAAAGAAUUAGUUCACAAACAACCUUACUCUAAUAUUGAAAAGUUAUCAAUAUUACUGAAUCGUUGUAAAGGAGAUGCUGCUAAAACGCUAAAAAUGAUACCACGAACAGGCAACUCUUACGAAGAAGCGGUAAACCAACUUAAGCUGCAAUACCAAGACGCAAAAAGAACUACUAUGACAAUGAUACGCCAACUAAAGAACAUGAAACAGGCAAAAGACGACGCUAGAUCGCUCAGAAAUACACUCAGUGACAUUGAAACAAUCAUCGCAACUCUUCGUAGGAAUGGCGAGUUCGUGGACACCACGCAAAUGUCGAGUAUGGUAAUCGAUACAUUUCCCAAGACAAUACAAGAAAAAAUUCUAUAG